GCACCAGUGGCUGCAUUCAAUGGCAAUGGAAUAUGAAAUAAAGAACAGUCAAGAGCAUUGUGUUGCGAGUGCCAGACUGACCCCGUUCAUCUCCAUUACCCACUGAUAUUCAUAAAUCAUAAAUCAUAAAUAAAUCAUAAAUACGAUUUAAAAAUGCCUGGUGGCGUUGUCUUUCUCGUCUGCAUUCCAACAUUAUCCCACGAGCACCAAUUGAUCUUCGGUGUCCCAGUAAAAGUAUCAAAGAAGAAUGAGAAGCCUUCAUCAAAAAUCGGAGCGAAAGUCGAUCUCAGGCUGAAAGAAGUCAGAAGCCGGGAUUUGAUUACGAUUGGGGAUGACUCUGAUGCAGAUAUUGAUGAUGGUGACGACCAGGAAUCUCCUGAGGAGACGUUCAACGUGAGAAAAAAACUAAAAACCCGAGUGGGAUCACCAGGACUCAAUAAAACGAAUGAAUCACCGGUUUUUGUGCCUAUGGAAACGGUUCUGGAUGAAUUACUGAAGAAGCUGAGGGUGGAGCAUGUGGUGUGGUGCAAGGACAAGGGCAAUAUGUACUAUGAAGUCAUCUUUCCAGUACCCGCUGGAGAUCCCUGUGAAAAUUGUUUGCAUUGUUUGACUGAGAUGGGGAUCGGAAGACGAAUGAAUUCCAUUGUAAGCGUGAUCCCGACACAAUGCACGUACAGCAGUAUGAGCACCUCGGGUCCCCUACCUCUACCCGCGAAUCUCGCACAGAAAAGGGCAGAUGCUGAAGAUCGUAGAAACGCCUGGGAAGCUUUUGUCGGGUCCAUACGUUCAAAAUUAACUGUGAAACAAGUAGUAGACGGUGUUCGAAGUGGUGGCGAUCUCACAUUCGACUACAUCGCUCUCGUGGUAACCGCAGAUUGUCUCGCGGCUCUUGGACUCGUGGAAAACAGUGCCACUAAUGUUGUUGCUGCGAUGCUCGUAUCUCCCCUCAUGGGGCCAGUGAUGUCACUCACAUUCGGGACGAUAAUUGCAGACAAGGAUUUAAUAUGUGUUGGAUUGAAAAGCUUACUUCUUGGAAUAUUCAUAUCGAUUUUAUUCGGGUUCAUUUUUGGACUCCUUCUGGGGACAACUGAAAUGCCUUGGGGCUACAACGAUUGGCCGACGGAUGAAAUGAAGGGAAGAGGAAAUUAUAGAUCACUCUGGAUGGGCAUUCUCUGGGCUCUACCUUCAGGCACGGGAGUGGCGGUUGCUCUCCUCCAAGGAAGUAAUGGUCCACUGAUUGGUGUAGCUAUUUCUGCAUCAUUAUUACCACCAGUUGUCAAUUGUGGUCUUUUUUGGGCUCUGGGAUGCAUCUGGCUCAUAUACCGCCCCAUAAAGAUGCCUCAUAUGAAAGGAGAGUCGUACACAGACCUGAACAGUUCCUAUGUAUACGUCUACACUGACUAUCUUCCGGUUGAGUUUUUCUGCAAUGGAAUAAUUAGUGCCUGCUUGACGUUUAUCAAUGUCAUGUGUAUUUUUAUCACUGCGAUAAUCGUACUCAAGAUCAAGGAAGUUGCUGCACCGUAUACUUCAACACCUGAGUUACGAAGAUUCUGGCAGCAUGAUAUUAGAAUGGCGAGGGACAAAAAUACGUCGAGGGAUGUCAGCUCAGUUGACUCGAGCUUCUACGAGGGACUGAGUAAACCUAAGCAACGAGCUUUGGAAAGGACUUUAAAUGAAGCCGUGAGGGAAGCUAUGAAUGAUAAGACAUUCAGAGAAGUCAAGAGGUUGAGUUAUGGACAGCAUGGGCCCGAUGACAUUACCCCGAGAUUAGGUCUCGGUGUAAAUCCUCCCGGUCCUUCCCACCAACAAGAAAUGAGCUCGUCCCACCCAGAAGGUCUGUCGAGCUCAGAGAAUCCAAGUGAAGACUUGGCAGCCUUGGAUCGCCUCAUAACAUAUCUCCUCGGUCAACAAAGCGGUAACAUAGAAAAUUGGCGACGUUCCCGAAGAAUGAGUGCUCGUGGCUAUCGUCAGCUGCGGCCUACUGUCAUUGAUUCUGGUGCCAAUACACGUGUACCCGACAUUGGCACAACGCGCUUGUAAUUUUCCCAAAUAUGUAGACAAGAAAAUGACUCAUUACUUUUUUGUUUGUAUACAAUAUAUUAAGCAUAUCAUCUCUUCCUGUAAAAAAAUCAUUUUUUCAUCAACUGAUAGACUAAUCUCCUUCCUGUUUCUGAAAAUUUCAACGCCCACCCAACUUUAAUAUUCAAGAAAUAAAAUAAACGCGGAUCGAAAUGGAGCCUCAAUGGAUACAAAAAAUAUUUUAUCCAUUUAUUUAAUAUUUUUACUGAAAUAUUCCUUUGUCGAAACAAGUAUUAUAUACUUGGACCAAUAUAACAUAAAUAAGUAAAACGCUUCCAUUAAAUGUUCAUUAUCUCCUGUUGAAAUAUACUCUCUCGAUUCCAAUAAAACAGUCCGUGACGUUGAAUCAUACGUAUUCAUCACAGAAAUAAACAGCGACGAGAGUCGCAACAAUUUCAUUCCGAUCAAUUCAUCCUCUGACUUUCAGUAAGAGAUUUCGAGAGAAUCUCAAGAAAUCACUGCAAAGGGCUCAUAUUAACCCUAUCCGCCAAAAAU